AUGAGUCUCCCUGAGUCAUAUGAAGUGAACAUGCCACAAGAAAGGAAAUUAGCCAAUGUAGAAGAUAUACAUGAUGUGCCAAUUGCAGCGGACUACACAGAACAAUUUACCACAGACAGGGUUUUUUCUACUCGAGAGGAGCUUUUGGAUUGGGCUAAGAAUGUAGGAAAGCAACAUGGCUUUGUGAUCAUAAUUAGAAGGUCUAAUUGUGGGAGCAAGGGCUGUGGGAGUAAAGGCAGACAGGUGGCUACUUUGGUGUGCAAGAUGAGCGGAAAGUACAAACCAUACAAGUCUGUGUUGGUGCGGAAGGGGAUAGGAACCAAGAAAUGUGAUUGUCCGUUCAGGCUCAAGGCGAGAUACACAUCAGAAGAUGGUUUGUGGAGGUUCACUGUAGUACGUGGCGACCACAACCAUCAGCCAGCCGAGACUCUGGUUGGCCAUGCCUAUGCCGGUCGCCUUACAAGUCAAGAAAAGGAUAUGGUUGCUAAAAUGGUUGACAAUAGAGUGAAGCUAGGUAACAUGUUGCUUGCAUUGAAGGAUGCCAACCCUCAGAAUGUGACUACCAUAAGGCAAGUGUACAAUGAGCGGAUGGCACACAUUAGGGCCAAGAGGGGACAAUUGUCAGAGAUGCAGCACUUGAUGGGGUUGUUGGAGGAAGACAGGUACACGCACUGGUCCAGAACUGAAGAGGGUUCCACGGUGAUCCGGUCCUUAUUCUGGGCCCAUCCAGUUUCCAUCCAACUAUUCAACCAAUUUCCUACUAUUGUCUUGCUUGAUAGCACGCACAAGACCAACAAGUAUAUGAUACCAUUGUUGGAGAUGGUUGACAUGACAUCAGUUGGAUUCACAUACACAAUCGGUUUUGGCUACAUGUGCAAUGAACGUGAACAUGAAGUUACAUGGGCACUUGAAAAACUAAGGGGGUUGCUACUUAAAGAAGAGGACAUGCCUAAAGUCAUGGUUACUGACAAAGACACUGCUUUGAUGAAUGCAGUUACAGCCACAUUCCCUACAGCAGCUCACCUGCUAUGCCAGUUCCAUAUUACUAAGUGUGUGAAGGCAAAGUGCAAGCUCAUUAUCCAAGACAAGGAGAUGUGGGAUGAUGUCGGAGACGCAUAG